AUGAAUCUCAAUUUUUCUGGAACUGUCAGUUUCUUCAAACUUCUUGUCAAACCUUCAUUAUGUCUGCCCCACGCCACUAUCUCUACCUUUCAUGACCUGCCAAUCCCACUUGAAAAGGCUUUCGAGGUUCAAGACCGAAAAGCAGAUAUCAGAGCUGUCGUACUUGAUAAAGAUGACUGUUUCGCUUACCCAAACACAAACGAAAUAUAUCCUGCGUAUACGGAGCGGUUUCGACAACUUCAAAAAGCAUAUCCAGGUCGCCGUCUUUUGAUUGUGUCUAACACUGCUGGGGCGACGACAUAUGAUCGCGAUGGCCGCCUAGCAAAGGAGCUUGAGGUCACAACCAACGUUGAUGUGCUCGCUCAUCGGGUCAAGAAACCAGGUUGCGGGGAUGAGAUUAUGGCGCAUUUUAGGGCCCAUCCGGAGGCUGGAGUAACUCAUCCGAGCCAGAUUGCCAUCAUUGGGGAUCGUUUAAUGACCGAUAUGAUGUUGGCGAACAUGAUGGGAAGUUGGGGUAUAUGGGUUAAGGAUGGCGUUAAGCCACUGAGGGAAAAGAGUAUCUUUUCAAAAUUCGAGCAACGACUUGGACCAUUCUUGAUGGCACGCGGCUGGAGAGCUAUUGACCCCAAAAGUCCUUUUGAAUGA